AGAAGGAAACCCCCUCCCUCGCAAGACAGAGCGGAGCAGAGCAGUUCAGCGAUCCGCCGAUCUCGCCAGAAAGAAAUGGAGCCGUGGCGGAGAGGCGAGGGGUCCAGCCUCAAGAAGCCCAUGGCCCCGCCCGUGGCCUCCCUCGGCGCCGAACUCCUGGGGAAGAUACUCCGCCGCCUCCCCGACAUGGCGUCGCUCGCCAGCGCCGCCCGCGUCUGCAAGCGCUAGGGCCGCGUGGCCUCCGACCCGGCCGUCUUCCGCCGCUUCGGCUCCCUCCGCAGGCCCCCGCUCGUCGGCGUCCUCGUCACCGACCGCGGCCGCAAGAAGUCCCCCCUCUACUGCUCUGAUAUCUGCUUCAUCAAGGCCCCCUCGCGCAACAACCCCGAGCUGGCCUCCGCCGCGGCGAGCGGCGACUUCUACUUCAUGCACCACCCCGACGUCGACGACGACGACGAGUGGCGCCUCCGCGGCUGCGACGGCGGCUUCCUCCUCUUCUCCCUCGGCCGCUACAGCACGGACCUCGCCGUGUACGACCCCAUCGACCGGACCGCCGUCUUCUUCAAGCCGCCCCACGACUUCCGCCCGUUCCGCUACGCCAUCGUCGCCGACGAGGCCGACGCCUCGUUCCUGGUCAUCGCCAUACAGCCCGACCCCUGGGGCGACGACGCCUCGGUCGUCUUCUCCUCCCGCACCCGCAGCUGGGCCGAGAACGGCUCGGUGCGCUACAGAUUUGCCUGGCCCCACACCGACGGCAUUGCCGCCGGGCGGUUCGCCUACUGGCGGUCCAACACCAAGAAGGACUGUUAUUGCGAAGCGAAGGAGGAGAUAUUGGUGGUUGACACGGCAACCAUGGCGUGGUCGUACAUGACUGCGCCGGUCGCGGUCGGGGAAUCGUACUGCGUGGCGCACAUGGCGGAGCACGGCGGGUCCGUGAUGCCAACGGUGGAUGGGUGGUCAAGAAGGAGGUCUCGCUGUUGAAUCAGUUUCCAUAUCUGAAGAAGCUUCGUCGUGAUCAGUGGAUGAAGAGGGUGCGCAUCCUGGCAAUGAGGGCUGGCUAUGUGUACAUGGAGUUCUGGUCCAUAAGGAAGACCGACUCCUAUCUUCUUGUGCUCAAUCUCAACACCGUCAAGCUGGAAAUGUUUCUCAACAAUGGGCUCAACAAUGAGGGCAAGCCUUACAGAGGUCCUGCUUUUCCGUUCUUCUUACGGAUGGCACCUCUGCCUGCCGCAGAUGAUGACGAGAAGCUUCAAGAUGCUUGAUAGCAUGGAGUAGGUCAAGUUGCUAGAAGUAACUUAAUGUGGAGCGUGAGGCAUCAUCCACUCAUCCUUUUGAAUGGGAACUGCAGCAGCUGUUUAGUACAUCUUUUUCCGAUUGACAUGGGAAUGGAAGCGUGCAGCUAUUUUGCAAGCCAUAUAUGGUCUAUUUUGCGAAAUAGCUUCAAUGUAAUCUGAAUUUAGUCCCUUUCCAGUUAUGAGACCUGUUUGAUGUUAGUUAAAUGAAACUUCAACUGAGAUGGUUUAAUUUAAUUUUGGUUGCGUACUUGUGUUUCAUGUUAAUUAGACCAGCAUGGCAUCAUAAUUCAGUUGGGGAGUAGAGUUCUACAUUUUUAUACUAGUCUACUAUUUUUACCGAAAUGCUAAUAUUGAGUAAACUUGUAGAAUUGCUAGGCAUGCAUUAUGGCUUUCAACCACAUGUCCCAUGAUAAUAAUUGUUAUAAGAAAUCUAGAAGUCACCCAUUAUGUGAACAUAGUUUAAU